AUGGCAAACCAGGUGAAGGACUCGGGUAAAAUACAGGAUAUUGGCAGCACAGUAGGCUCAGAUGCGGAAGAUGAUUCGUUCAUGGUCAGCAGCAGAACGCCCAGCAGAAGAGCAAGCAGCAUUUUCUCGCUGGACAAUCCGCCAUUGGAGCCUCCUAACGAGAGCGACAUCAAGAAGUUUACCAGCGACGAGUAUCAUUUCAACAUGAUCCGCAAUCUGCAUUUAGCAGACCUGAUCACUAUGAUGAACGGGUUUAGUGGGUUUUACUCGAUCGUAAGUUGUCUGCGGUUCACGCUCACCAAAAAACCGCACUACGUGCAAAGAGCACAUUUCUUCAUUCUGUUGGGUAUGUUCUUCGAUUUUUUUGACGGUAAAGUGGCACGUUUGAGAAACCGGUCGUCGCUGAUGGGUCAGGAAUUGGACUCUCUUGCUGAUCUUGUUUCCUUUGGAGUGGCGCCCGCCUCCAUUGCAUUCGCAAUUGGAUUCCAAUCGACUUUCGACGUUUUGAUCCUUUCAUUCUUCGUACUUUGUGGUCUCACCAGACUCGCUAGAUUUAAUGUCACUGUUGCCCAAUUGCCCAAGGACGUGACGGGGAAAUCGAAGUUCUUUGAAGGAUUACCCAUUCCAACAUCAUUGGCCCUGGUGGGGGUAAUGGCUUACCUUGUUAACAGAGGGAUGAUCCUCGAUAACUUACCUUUUGGUAUCUUCGCUUCUGGUGAAUGGUAUGAAUUCCACCCCGCAGUUCUUGCUUUCGGUAUUCAAGGCUGUGGAAUGAUUUCUAAAAGCUUGAAAAUUCCAAAGCUAUAG